AUGGCUCAAACCGUCGUUUUAUGUAGCUCAUGCUCCACCGUUAUUGCUCAACCAACUGGUGGUCGUGCUCGUAUCACCCCAGGUUGCCGUCUCAGAAGCAAGGGCGAAGAGAAAAGAAAUGACACAUUAUUUGAUAACAGAGCAGUCGUAUAG